AUGAAUUUCUUUCUAACAAUCAUUCUUAUUUCAUCGUUGAUCCAUUCUAUUGAAGCUGGUCAAUGUCAAAUACAUAAUCGACCAGAUUAUUUGUCAUCAAUUUCGAACAAAAAUGAUGAAAAUUCAAAUAGAUUAACAGUAUCAAAUUUUGCUAAUAAUUUAGCAACAAUUUUAGGUUUAUCACCAGAUCAGACAGAAAACCAAGAACAACCUAUGUUUUAUUCAACACGUCCACUCGAAAUACCAUCAUCAACAUGGCUAUUUCAUAUUGAAGGACUUGAUCGAUUAUCUAAUACUGGUAUUUCAUUACAUGAUAACGGUGAAUUUGACAUUGAUUCACUUUAUUCAAAGUUAAGACGAACUGGUAAUGCUGAUGCUUUAGGUAUUGGAUCAGUUAUGAUUGUACGUAUUUAUUAUGCUUAUAACGGAUGA